ACUAAACCUUCUAUAGACAUUCUUGAGAGACUGAAAACUUGACUCCUCUGCUAUGGCGGUUCACCCUAGAUCAGCCCUCUUUCCUCUCUUGUUCAUCAGCUUGUGGUUGAUUAGCGGAAAUGGGAUGGUCACUUCCCGUCGCCUUCUAGAAGCCGAGCUGCCCAAGAUCCCUGAAUUGCCCAAGCCUGAGUUUCCCUCUAUACCGUCCCUGCACAAACCUGAAAUACCUUCUGUGCCAAAGCCCGAGAUCCCAUCCAUUCCCAAACCCGAGAUCCCAACCAUUCCCAAACCCAAGAUCCCAAUCAUUCCAAAGCCUGAGCUGCCUGAGGUGCCCAAGCUGCCUGAGGUGCCCAAGCUUCCAGAGUUGCCUAAGCCGGAAGUGCCACAUUUCGCGGAAAUCCCGAAGGACAUUCCUGUCCCUUCUCUUCACUGAACUAGUCUUUCAGUCGAGCAUAUUAUGAUUUAUGUAUGGGAAUCUUAGGAUUCUUCACCUAUAAAUUUAUUUUCAAUAGACAGAGUGAUUGGCCUGUGUGUGUGUGUGUGAGAGAGAGAGAGAGAGAGAGAGGCUAGUUGCCGUUGUACUAGUACCAUUGCUCGUAUGUUCAUUUGAAUGACAUAUUCACUUUCUCAACUAUUCCUAA